AUUUCCUCUCUCUCAUUCUGUCGCUCUCUCUCUGCGGCCUCCUUUCAACUGAAACAAGCGGUAGCUGGAAGCAGGGGCAGCGCAGCGGCGGUGGAAGUGAGCAUUCGAAGCAGCAGCGGCAGGCGAACACAUUCUUGGGAGGAACCCCUCUUUAUCGACGAAGGCACUAUCUUUGUUGAGGUCAUUUCUUCUCUAUUUUUGACAUGACGAAAUUUCGGAAGCUUGGCCGUCCCACCGGCCAUCGUAUGUCGAUGCUCAGGACGAUGGUGUCACAGUUGGUGAAGCACGAGCGUAUUGAAACUACGGUUGCAAAGGCCAAGGAAAUCCGGGGACUUGCUGAUAACAUGGUUCAGCUUGGGAAAGAGGGUUCUUUGGCUGCAGCAAGGCGGGCUGCUGCUUUUGUACGAGGUGACGAUAUCAUUCACAAACUAUUUACGGAGCUAGCCUAUCGCUACAAAGAUAGAGCAGGUGGAUAUACAAGAUUACUUCGAACUCGCAUACGAGUUGGCGAUGCUGCACCUAUGGCCUAUAUUGAGUUCGUUGACAGAGAGAAUGAACUUCGGCAGGCUAAGCCAGGAACUCCUCAACCACCGGCAAGAGUGCCCUUGGAUCCUUGGACAAGGUCUCGCCUUAGCCAGCAGUUUGCACCACCGAAAGAGGAUAAGAACACUUCUGAACCUGAAAUUUAAAGUAGAUCUCCGUCUGAAUCCUACAAGGUUUUUACUCUCCUUUUUGGGAUUUUGGGGGGAGGGGGUUAGAACCAACAAGUGUUCUUUCCUAUAUUUUUUUAAUCAGUGAGGGUACAUUUGGUUGCGCAUAAAAUGGGGAAAGUGAAGUUGAAUUAAUUUUUCCGAGGGAAAUGCACAUUUUAAUGCUUUUGUUGGAAAUUAAAGUUUGGUCAGCCAUAGCAACCCACAGGGUUUCCAAAGAUAUUGUUGUCGAAUUAUCAUUCAAAAUAUGGCUACAUGUCAAAUUUCAUUAGGAUAAGUUGGAUUUAAGACAA